AUGGAAGACGAAGAAAAGGUGCCCUUGACCGAUGAUGCUAGCCCUGCCGUUACCCCCAUCGAGGAGGAAAAGAGGCUCCCGCAAUGGAGACCCGACCGCGCCGUCUCGCCUCCGUCCACCAAGGACCAGUUCGCGACGGGCUUGUGCAUCCUCCUCAACACCUGCGCAACCGUCGCCAUGGUCUUCUUGAGCAAGCGAAUCUUCUCCGACCCGCAGAUGCAUGAUGCCCAGGUCAUCUUCACCAUCUGGCACUUUGCUUGCACCGCCAUCGUUCUCUGGCUCUCUACGCGUGCGCCGUUCCGAGCCUUCAAGCCCAUCCGGUUACCGCUUCGCGACGUCCUGCCCAUUUGCGUCAUGUUCACCUCGUACGUGAUUCUGGGGAACCUGUCCCUGACGUACAACUCGAUUGGAUUCUACCAGCUCGCCAAGGUCAUGACCACCCCUGUUGUCGUCCUCAUCACCUUUGUCAUGUUCCGCACCCCCAUCUCCGUCUUCAAAGCGCUAGCGAUCGGCUGCAUCUGCGCUGGUGUCAGCCUCACCAACUCCAACUCUGCUCAGAGCAACCCUUUCGGCGCCAUCGUUUCCGGAGCCGCCGUGACGGUUACGGCAUUUUACCAGAUCUGGAUUGGAAAGAAGAUUGAAGAACUGGACGUUUCCGCCCAACAACUACUCAUGAACCAGGCGCCUAUCUCCGCCUUCCUUUUGGUGUUUUGCGUCCCCGUUUUGGAUAAGGUCCCUAAUUUCAGCACUAUACCCUCGGAGGUCUAUUGGUCGUUGCUCGCCUCCGGGAUCACUGCUAGCGUCUUGAAUCUGUCUCAGUUCCUCAUCAUCAGCCGCACUUCUGCUCUGACUUUUAAUGUGGUUGGAAACCUCAAGACCAUUCUUAUCCUUUCCGGCGGCUGGUAUCUCGAAGGCAGGGCGCCGACGUCGCACGAGGCACUUGGUGUCUCUCUCGCUAUUGGUGGAGGCUGGCUCUACUCGCACCUGAAGCGGAAAUAA